AUGGGAUCUUCGCCCUCUCUGUUCGCUGUUGCUGUGGUUGUCCUGGCCCUGCAAUGGCCUCAGGAAACAGUGGCCUUCCCCAGAAUUCCCUUCCGCACCCUGAUUACCAGACUAUUACAAAGGCUCGAUGGUCUUCACACGUUUGCAACAGAUACCUUGAGGGAGUAUGAAGCUUCCCUCUCGCCAGAUGACCUGCAGUACGCCAUGCAACAUGCUCAUACCACCGAAUGUUUCUCUGAAAGCAUCCCUGCACCCUCAAGCAAGUAUGAAAUUCAGCAAGCACAGGACUUGCAGCUGCUCAGGUUUUCCCAGUCAAUCAUUCACUCCUGGAUAGGCCCUGUGAUGCCAUCGAGCGGGGAGUUCACGAACAGACUGGCCUUUGGGCCAGGAGUGAAUAAAAAACUCCGAGAUUUGGAAGAAGGUAUCCAGGCUCUAAUUGGGGACAUGGGAGGGAACUCACGAAGCCUUCAGAUACCCACCAAUGACAAGUUGGAUGUCAACCUCCGGACUGACGAUUCCGUGGUGAGAAACUAUGGCCUCUUUUCCUGCUUAAAGACAGACCUGCACAAGGUGGAGAUCUAUGUUACAACGAUAAAAUGCCGGCGUUUGGGGGGAAACGACUGUAACAUCUCUGCCUUCUGAGUGCAGGAAAAUUCUGCUGAUGCCUACUCUGUGACCUCCUGUGCAAGGGAAAAAUCUGAGCCAAGCUGAGACCAAAAUGUUCUGCAUAUAGUAGCUCUGCUCUUCGUGAGGCCCCUCUAUAUUCCUUUGUGCUUCUUAAGAUAAAAGCAGUUUCACCUCUGAAGAAUAAACAUGCUUUGCUUUAA